AUGCCUUAUCUCACAGUCGCAGUUGCCCAGUCUCGCACACAUGAAUCCCUAACUGAAACCCUCCGCGCCCUCGAACGAACAACAGCCCUCGCCGCCCGCCGUGGUGUCCACCUCCUCCUCUUCCCGGAAGCCUAUCUAGGCGGAUACCCGCGGACAUGCACCUUCGGCUCCGCAGUGGGAAGUCGACACCCGCGCGGCCGGGAUCAAUUCCUCGCGUACUUCAAGGCGGCCGUGGACUUGGGCGAUACGCCGGCUGGGGCCGGGGAUGAGUGGAUUGGUCGCAGGCUGGAGAUUGCGGAGGGGAAGCGGUUCCGGGGAGACGGGACGAGGGAGUUUCUUGAGCGCGUUGCGAGGGAGACUGGGGUUUUUAUCGUGACUGGGUUGGUGGAGAGAGCUGGUGGCAGUUUGUACGGUGCUGUGAUAUAUGUUGAUCCUUUGAGAGGUGUUUUGGGGAAGAGGAGGAAGGUCAUGCCGACGGCCGCUGAACGCAUCAUCUGGGCUCAGGGUUCUCCUUCAACCCUCCGAGCCGUCACAACAACCCUAAACGGUAUCCCACUAACCAUAGCCUCCGCAAUCUGCUGGGAGAACUACAUGCCCCUCCUACGUCAGAGUCUGUACUCCCAGAACGUCAAUAUCUAUCUCGCUCCUACCGCUGACGCCCGCUCUACCUGGCUUCCGCUCAUGCGAACCGUCGGUAUAGAAGGCCGCUGCUUCGUGCUCUCGGCGAACCAGUGCGUGCGCGGCUCCGAGCUACCGGAUUGGAUUACCGGUGGGAAUACUGGUCGAAGCCGGAAUCGAAAUGCCAACCUGAAUUCUCUUGCGAGCAAAUCGCAGAAUCCUCAAAGAAAACUGUCGGUCACUGCUGAGGGUCCGCAUGAGAUUGUCUGGCCACAGACUCACGGUGAGGCCCACGGUCAGGGUCAGGCGGAGUCGGAGAGUUCGUCCACACCGAGUGUUAAGCCAUCCCUGGCUCCUUCGGAGUCGGUAUUGGAUUAUGUCUGUCGUGGGGGAAGUUGUAUUGUCUCGCCUCUUGGGGAGGUUCUAGCCGGUCCGCUCUGGGAAGUCUGCACGGAUGACGCGCCGGAUAGUAGCGAUGCUGCUGUGCCUCAUUCCGCUCCUGGCACGUCGGCUGCUGAGUCUAGUCCUGCCGUUGCGGCGGGUGAUGGGUUGGCCAUCGCGCUUAUUGAGAUGGACGAUUGUGAGCGUGGACGGCUUGAUCUUGAUGUUGCUGGGAGUUAUUCACGAAGUGAUGCGUUUAAAUUCGAAGUUGAGGGGUUGGAUCUGGCACCGCCACCUUUGUAG